AUGGAUGAUAUCGUAUGGAUUCGUGAAGAACCGCCAACUGAAGCUGAGAAAACGACAAACGGUGAUCUUGUCGUUAUUGAUACUUCCUCUUCGCAGAAUACCUUAAAUGGUCUUAGCGAUGGGUAUACUGUAGAUGAAGAAGGUUCUGUUGAAAUCCCUGUUGUUAUAGAGUACUCCUCGACCGAUGUUCCGUUCUACAAAAAAACUGAAGAAACACCCAGCCAAUCCCAAGAGGCUGAUGUACCUGUACAACUUUAUGAUCCAACCAGCACAACUGUUCCAGCUUUGGUAGAUUUGGAAGUUCCCGUGGAAGUCUACGAUCCCACAUCCACUACUGUACCUGCCUACGUACCAGUUGAUGUGGAAGUGUUCGAUCAGACUUCCACUGAGAUUCCUGUAAUUAUCGACCAUACCACUCCGGGAAUAAAGGACGAGACAGCAAAACCUUCGGAAUCAGCACAACCUUCGGAACCAGCACAACCUUCGGAACCGGCAAAACCUCCGGAACCAGCAAAAUCUACGGAAGCAGCAGAAACUGCGGAACCAGCAAAACCUACGGAACCACCAAAACCUGCGGAACCCUCAAAACCUGGAGAAUCAGCAAAGCCACCUUCAGAGGCGGUUCAAAAUGAAGUGAAGGAGAAGCCCAAGGAAGAGGAUGGAUUUGACAUUAGUGAGUUUAAAGAUUAUUCAUGA